AUGGCGCCCGACGGCCGUGUCAGGCUGUUGCAAUUGCAGUUGAAAGUGACGCCUGCGGCCUAUCCUCGUCUAUGCGAACUGGAAUUGCUGACAGUCAUUAGCCAAUCAGAGAACAGGAAAAGUCUGUCUGGUGCUCAGGCCCAUGAUGUCUCAUGUGCUGCCCACUUUUGCCGUAAUCCCAUUGGUUCGACAGCUCAGGUGGAUUGGUUUAGACCCUGGCAGACCAAGAGGCAUCCUAUCCUUUCUUAUGAUGAAAUCCAUCUACAAAUGAUUGCAUUAAUUAGAUGUCAACCAAAAAAUCGAAAAAACUAUUCCGCUAACAGUCUUGACUUGGAGCUCCAAUAUUCCACGAGAUCCAUGGGCUUGACCUCCACAGAUUUUAGAUAA